UGACUCGUUUGAUGAAAAAGGAAAUUGUUUUUGCAAUUUUAAUCUCAAAUAAAUACGAGCACAGUACUCGUCCUCCAAAGCUUUCUUCCGAAGUCGCAAUCUUUGUUUGAAAUCCAAUGGAGAGAGUGAAAGCACAAGAAGAAGAUGAAGAACAAUCAAACCAAAACUGGAGUGAAACAGUAGAAGAUCUGGUGACAGCCGGUGACACAGAAGGAGCCAUAACUCUUCUUGAAACUGAGGUUUCAAGGCUCGAAACUUUGAACCCAUCAGAGGCGGCGAAUCUUCAAUUGGUUUCUGCAUUAACAGAGUUGGCAAAGCUUUACUCUUAUAAACAUUUCUCCCUCAAAUCUGACGAACUUCUCUCUCGGGCUUCCCUCAUUAAACAACGCUCUUCUGGUGAUGUGGAGAGUGUGGAGAAGGAAGAUGAGAUUUCGAAGUGCAAUGCUGUUUCUAAUGAUGGGCAUCUUGAGAAAACAUCGAAUCCACGUGAUGAUGUUUCACCUUGCUCAGAUGAUGAUUGGGAAGCUAUUGCAGAUCAUGCGCCUGAUGAAUUGCUCUCACCACAAUCCUUACCUUCUGUAUCAAAUAUUUGCUUGGAAGAUGCAAAAGUUCAAACUUCCAAAAGGCGUGGACGGGGACCAUUCACGUACAAAAAGCAUGAACUGUAUAGCGAUCGACAAUCAGAUGCAACUCUUGUUGAUGAUGUAGAUGAUGAAGAUUUGGGCAGAAGUACACAAAAUGCAGAAUUAAAAAAUUCUAAAUAUGGCACACAUCAUGUUCUUGUUCUGGCUGACUUUCCACCGAGUAUGAGGACAACAGAUCUAGAAAAGCUUUUUGAAGAUUUCAAAGAUCGUGGAUUUGUUAUUCGCUGGAUCAAUGAUACAGCGGCUCUUGCGGUAUUCCAAACACCAUCAAUUGCGCUUGAGGCACGCAACCACAUUCAAUGUUCAUUUUCUGUGCGUAUUCUUGAUGAGGAUGAUGAACUCAUGGGCUCAAUCCCAACAAAAGAUCUGGAGCCUCCUCGUCAAAGGCCAAAGACAUCAGCAAGAACUGCCCAAAGGCUAAUAGCUCAUGGAAUGGGAUUGAAAUUGCCAAUGACCUUUGGUUCGAGAGAACUGAAGAGCCAGGAAGAAACCAGAAAGAACCGGAUAGUUACAAGGCAGAAAAUGAAAGACGAUGCAUGGGGUGAUGAUUGAUGGAAAAAAUGGAUGUAGCUUCAUGAUUUGCAAUGCAAAAGUGAUGGUCUCCUCCAUAUGUGUACUUAUUGCACUGUACAUGACAUUAAUUGUUACCGUUUACUUGGAAAUGGACAUAUCUUUUAUUAGAGGACUAUUUGGACAAAAUUUUCA